UCCCAGCCUGCACCUCCAUCUCACGUUGUUGGCGUUAUCGUGUGGGACAGACGACACACAAAUCAACCAAACAAAAGUCGACCGUAGAUGCAUACUGUACUUGCCAUUCCAAGACACGAAGGCUCAAUAUUUCCGGCCCAGAGACAGGAGACCUUUCCCUUGAUACGGAUGGAAAAUUGCGAGACAGAGGAAAAGCCAAUGUUCCCGCGGCAACGUUUCUCAUCAGCGCUGUUGGUCCACCUCACACAUGCGAGUGGGCCAUGCUGCAGUAACAACCCCGAUCACUAUAGAAGUUUCCGAUUCUAUCGUGGGGCGAAACCGCGAUCGCAUAUGGCUGGUGAGACAUACAUGAAUAAAAUUCAUUAUGUAACCAAUCUCGCAGACCCGAUGCUGCGUUUUGCGCAUCGUGGGCGCGGGUGGGCAGUUACGUAUGUACAGAGUUGCAUUAACCCAAAAUUGCAGGUAGUCGUGUGGUCAACGACAUCAUUCCCACCACCGUUGCGUGCGUGCCUGGGCGGAGUGGGUUGUUUUAGCGGCGGGCGUGCAUGCCCGAGUUUCUGAAAUGUCAACGACAUCAUCGUCAAUCUCCGUCCGGA